CAAACAUACAAUCACUGGUACAUGUAGAAAAACAGGUAGCUAGCAACACCUUACACCCAUUAUAUAAGUGCAUGCCUCACGCAUCAGUUUGUUCAAGUACUACCAUUAGAGAGGACAACUAGCUAGCUAGUAAUCGCAAGAAAAAAAAAUGGCUAUAACAGGAAAGAUAACACGUGAAGUUGAAAUCAAAUGUCAUCGUCACCAGGUCUUUGAACUCUUCAAGCACAGGCCACACGACACAUCAGUCGCCGACCCUGAAACUAUUGAAGCUUGCCAUUUAAUUUCUGGUGAAUGGGGUGUUCCUGGAGCUGUCGUUCAGUGGUUCUACUACCAUGAUGGAAAAAAGGAAACUGUGAAAGAAAUCAUUGAAGAAGUUGAUGAUGAAUUACACAAAAUAGUUUUCAAAGUGAUUGAAGGAGAUAUCUUGGAGGUGUAUAAUUCCAUGAGCUUCAUCCUUACGACCAGAGAUGUGGGUGAUAAGAAGUUUGUUAUCUGGACUAUAGAGUUCGAGAAGGCGAAUGCAAGUAUACCGGAUCCAAUAUCGUAUCUGGACUUGGUUUGUGGAUUAGCUCGAAAUAUUGAUGCUCAUUUUCUCAACCUUCAUCCAUCAAGAAUCUUAGAAACAAUCAGGUGUAUUCAUCUACCUUCUUCUUCGCUCAAAUCUCACCUGAAAACCAGAUCCUCUCAUCUCUCUCCUUCUCUCAACUUCGACGAAGUCAUACCACCAUCACCUAACAACAUCGUAGUCGCUACCCUGUCGAAUGCUACGAUUUGGGGGCGGAGGUGA